GACUUUCCACAGUACUACGAUUCUAGUUACCACGCCACGCCGGCACCGAGACGCCAAAUCCCGUGGGUCGCUCACCGUCGCCGGAAUAUAUACGAUGGUCCCUCCGCCUGGUGAACCCGAGUCCCUGCCCCGCCCGGUCCACUGACGAGACCGCUCGCUGCAACAGCCGUGUGUCGUCGUUGUUAUUCGAGUGCAUAGGACCGCUGCCGUGAUAAACCAUGACUUGCAAGUUGCAGUUCGUAGUUCUGAUUGCUAUUCUUGCAAUACACGUGGGUUGGGGAGACCCGUUGCCACCAAGACGAAUGCCAAUUUCGAAGGAGACCCGCGUCCCGGGCUCGAUGGCGAAAACAGACGUCCGCUCUGCUGUAUCGAAACCCCACCGCGAUGGUUCGUCUGUCAGACAGGCAGUUCCCUCUCCUGCCCUCAAAGCAGAGAUUGUUAUCUGCAACCUGUGUCCACUGCCCGAAGAGAUUCUCCCGUGCAAGUGCGUGUGCAACAACGGCACUUCGGCGGAACUCACCUGCGGCCCCGGCUUGCUCACCUGCACCGAACUAACGGACAUCCUCACCAUGGUCGCCUUCCCCGCGCCGCAUUAUAUACGCCUGCGAGUUGACGGGACGCAACUGCAGUGCAAGAUCGAGGCUGAGCUGUGGGGGGCGGCGCUUACCUUCGAGGAAGUCCACCUGGUUAACAAUCACUUCGAUGUGGUCGACAACCACGCCUUUCUCCCUUUCAAGACCACCCUUAAGGUGCUCAACCUCCAGAAGAACGCCCUCCACUACGUCAACUUCCCGACCAUGAGCGACCAGCCGUUCCUGGAGGCGGUGCAGCUCAGUGACAACGAGAUCGACUUCAUGCCCGGGUACUCGGCUGUGGAGCUGGCCGGUCUGCGCGAACUCAGGGUCGACAGCAACAAGCUCUGCCGUCUCCAGCCCAACACGUUCGCUGGUCUGCCCCGCCUGGAGUUGCUGGAUUUGUCCCACAACGCGAUCCCCGAGCUGAAGGAAGAGGCCCUGCGGAUCCCCGGACACGCGGCCUCGCACCUCUUCGUCAACCUCUCCUGCAACGCCAUCGCCAUCAUCGAAGAGAACGCCUUCUCCGGAGUGCAGAGCGUGUCGCUGGACCUCCGCCACAACGCCCUCGUGACGCUGUCGGAGGCCGUCCUGAGACCGCUUAUCGAGGAGACUCACGGCGCUCUUCACAUCGGUGUCAAUGGAAAUCCCCUGAAUUGUGACUCAAACUUCUGCUGGAUUAUGAAGAACCAGACCGUGGCGAGCUGCUUCGACAAUUUCCUUUGCCCGAACUUGAACAAAUACCUGAAUGACAUCAAGGAAGAAGACGUAGGUGGCUGUCCAAACAGCGGGAAAUCAGCUGGAGUGAUCACUCAGCCCUCAUCGUAAAUUUGGACUCUUUUCUUUUUUCUUUAUGUGAAUUUCUCUCUCAUUGCCUCUCUAUUUUCUCUUUACUUGUGUUUCCUUCUCUGUCUCAGUUUCUGCCCAUCUCUAUUUAUUCUCUUUAUUUGAGUCUCUGUUUCUGCUGCUGUCUCUUUCUUUCCUUAUUUCGAGAUCAUCGAAAUGCAAUAGCUAAGUAGUCGUAAAACAACCAUUUGUAUACCAUAAUAAUGUAGGAUAACCAUAUCACAGAUCUGAAUGAAAGUUUGAUAUGGGUUUCGUCCUGAUUCAGUUACGUGAUAAGAACAUUCUCUCUCGAUAUGUUGCUAGAAGCAAUGUAGCUAUAGAGAAAAUCAUGCACAUUGUAUCAUAGGUAUAAAUUCAUAUAAUGUUAAGCAGUAAGUUAUUUCACUUUUCAAUAUUUUCUGAUUUUAUCUAAAUAAAGUUGAAAAUCCAA